CACGUCCCUUGUAUCUUUGUUUUAUUGCAGGAGACCCCAACAAAUGGAAAACAAAUUAACUUAAGCCUAGGGGAGGCUGGUGACAUCUGAAAGAGGGGAAAGUGGGGGAGCUCUGCUCCCUGCUUUCAGUCUGAUCUAUUGGGAGUACCUUUUGGAGCAUGUCUGCUACUUAGCAGGGAACUGAAAUUCAGGCAGAAGAGAUUGUAAACUUAAAUUGUGAAUAUGGGUGAAAAGAAACCAGAACCUCUAGACUUCGUGAAAGAUUUUCAGGAAUACCUUACCCAGCAGACUCACCACGUAAAUAUGAUUUCUGGGUCAGUUAGUGGAGACAAGGAAGCAGAGACUCUUCAGGGAGCUGGGACAGAAGGUGAUCAGAAUGGGCUAGAUCAUCCUUCUGUUGAAGUUUCACUGGAUGAAAACUCAGGAAUGUUAGUGGAUGGGUUUGAAAGGACAUUUGAUGGAAAGUUAAAGUGUCGAUAUUGCAACUACGCCAGCAAAGGAACAGCACGGCUCAUAGAGCAUAUCAGAAUUCAUACAGGGGAGAAGCCGCACAGAUGCCAUUUGUGUCCAUUUGCAUCAGCUUACGAACGUCACCUGGAAGCUCACAUGAGAUCGCAUACUGGUGAAAAACCAUACAAAUGUGAAUUGUGUUCCUUCCGCUGCAGUGACAGAAGCAACUUAUCUCAUCACCGUAGGCGUAAACAUAAAAUGGUGCCUAUCAAGGGUACAAGGUCUUCCCUAAGCAGCAAGAAAAUGUGGGGGGUUUUGCAGAAGAAGACCAGCAAUUUGGGGUACAGCAGAAGAGCAUUAAUUAAUUUGAGUCCACCUUCCAUGGUGGUUCAGAAACCAGACUACCUUAAUGAUUUCACUCAUGAAAUCCCAAAUAUCCAGACUGAAGCAUAUGAGAGUAUGACAAAACCAACCCAGAGCAGUGGGUUGCCAAGAGAUCCGCAAGACCUUAUGGUAGAUAAUCCCUUAAAUCAGCUGUCUACAUUAGCCGGGCAGUUAUCUAGCUUGCCACCUGAAAACCAGAAUCCAGCCUCUCCUGAUGUUGUCUCCUGUCAAGAUGAAAAGCCUUUUAUGAUACAACAGCCUGCCGCGCCUGCAGUAGUUUCAGCUGUGUCAACAAGUAUUCCUCAAAGUUCAUCUCCAACCAGCCCAGAUCCUCGGCCUACACACAAUCAAAGGAACUAUAGUCCGGUGGCAGGUCCAAGCAGUGAUCGCAGCGCCCACACCAGUACUCCCAGUAUAAGUAACAGUCAACCAAGUACUCCAGCUCCAACCCUUCCGGUUCAGGACCCUCAGCUUCUGCAUCACUGCCAGCACUGUGACAUGUAUUUUGCGGACAAUAUCCUUUAUACUAUUCACAUGGGCUGUCAUGGGUUUGAAAAUCCUUUUCAGUGCAACAUAUGUGGGUGUAAGUGUAAAAAUAAGUAUGACUUUGCUUGCCAUUUUGCAAGAGGCCAACAUAAUCAACAUUAACUGAGAACAUGCUUUCAUUUAGUUUUUUAACAUAUUACAGUAUAUUUUUCAUACUUGCUGAAGGAAAGCUUGCUCAUUUCCAUAAGGAAUCUUCACAUUAAGCAAUUGGACAAAGGACGCAAAUUUAUUUCUAUGCUGGUCAUAAAACUUGCCAGGGAAAUUUUUUGUAAGAUGUGGUCAUUUAUCUAUAGUCUUUCCAAAAAACUGGGAGUGCUCUAAGAAUUAGAAUGCAAUUACAUGUUUUGUUUGUUAAAUUUAAGUUGAUUGCACUUAAAAUAUGAAUAAACAUUCUAUAAAUGUAGAUGCAGAGUAUGUGUCCCGAAACAUAGGAUGCAAUUAUCAAACUAUUUACCAGGCAAGAUAAAAUACUGUAACCAUAAAAUGUGAAAGGUUAAUGCAAUGAAUGUAUGGUUACUUUGGAGACAUACUUAUCCUUAAAAACAUAGCUACUACCAAACUGGAAAAACAGACUUUCUAAGUUAGAAGCAACUUUCACGUACAAAUACAAUUGGAUUUAAAACUUACUUAAAUCUGGAAGGUUAAUAGUAAGUUUUUGCUUAGUAUAGUCUAAACUCUUCAUGUUAGGCCUCAAACACUACUUUAGCUGUUACUUUUAAAACUCGGCAGAAAACUAGAAGAUAACAUUUUGUGACUGAAUCUCUGGUAGGAAAAAAAGCAAAAAGAAUGGGAAAGACAUACUUGCUUGUCAGUCACUAAUUAUGUAAAAGAAAAAUUAAACACGACACCUUAUUUUAAACUGUUUACCGAAUAG